UGCUUCUGGGUGGCCAGCUGUUGGGCCAGGUUCUGGUUCUCCUUGAGGAGCUCCUGUUCGCUCCCCUGCAGAGCUGACACGCGUUGAUGCAGGCUGCGGUUCUCUUCAAGCAGCUCGCGCCCGUUGUCAACGGGGCGGGGACGGUAACGGGGACGGGGUUCGGGACCACAGAAUGGAGGAACCUGUUGACUCUCUCGUUCAUAGCCUUGCUCUUCUGCGGCGGCGUCGGGCGCUGCGAAGACGGCGACCUCUGACUCGAUGGCGCCCGCCUGCCCGUGGGCGUCCUUCUCCCCGUGGGCGUGCUGGCCCGGCUGGAGUCAUGGACGCUCUGGUGGCUCGUCUGAGACUGGGAGCGAGAACGAGACCGGGAGCUGUGGUACGCGCGGAUGACGUGCUCGACGGCGUCGGCUGCCGAGCGCACCGGGCGCUUGACAAUGUCACCAAACUCGACCACGGUCGAACUGGGCGUGUCCGGAAAAAAGGCCGCGGCCCUGUCGGGCUCCUCGUGGGAAAGCCCGGAAAGCUGGCACCCGAUGUGUCUAGGGCGGUGAGGGUCGUUGCCACGGACGCAUUGCGAGCGCCGGGCGGAGAAGACCGGAUCAUGGAUGGGUACAGUGUAAGAGGCGGACGGCGACGGUGUUGGCUGCACGAUCUAUCUCUCGUCCCUCGCUCUGUGGUUGGCUUGUGUCACUCGAACAGCGAUGGCGAGACGUGUGAGGAAGACUACGACUGGCCCGACGCGGUAGUGCAGAUCUCUGUCAUAGACCACACGUACAAGCCAGUUUGAGAUGUGUGAGAUGGAGGAAGAUGCUCUGGAGCUUUCCUCGUGGGGAUGCACGCCUCUUUCAAUGGGUGCAGUUGGGUCUUCCGCGUUCCACCAGCACCACCAGCCAGCGCCACUAUCAUCCACGAGGUGCCACGCUCCCGAGCACUCAGCACCCCUGGCGUAAACACGUUC